AUGCGUAUCGGUGGUGUCUUUGGUCUUGGCUGUAAUAAAUUCAAAAAUAUGAUUGCAUUAACGGAGUUCAUUUAUGCUUUCGCUUACUACUUUAUCCAUGCUUCUGUUCCUUUCCAUAUUCCCGUUUCACUCUUAAAAAUUCACCAGUUAUUUCCAGAUUUCGGUCAAACUUAUCACACAAAACAGAUGUCAGUUGAUGAUCCGUUGGUGAAUGGCGUUCCGCUUUCGUCUUUGCGAGUUGUCGACUUGAAAGAUGAGUUAGACAAGCGAGGACUGUCAAAAAUUGGAAAUAAGUCCGUUCUUAUUGAACGGCUGAAAGAGGUUUGUAAUUAACU